AUGGAUUUCACCCCGUCGACAGGCACUCCGGGGGAGUUCCGGAGGAUGAAGCUCACAUAUUUCACCAAUGAAUUUCCCUCAGAUGACCUCCCCGGUCUUGCUCGUCAACUGCAUCUUCACAGCAAAGAUAGACGUCAUCAUAUCCUGGCCCGUUUCCUACAAGAUGCAACUCUGGCUAUCCGCGAGGAGGUUGCGCAGCUGCCACCGGCGUUGAAAGACUUGCUACCCCCCUUCGAAUCCGUUCUGACUUUUGUCGAAUACCCAGAGAUGCGCAAGGGUCCUUUGUGUGGAUCGAUAGAUGGAGUGUUGCUCUCCACAGUUGAACUGGCCACAUUCAUUGGCUACUUUGAAGAGUUCCCUGAAACAUAUGACUUCGAGUCCGCCCACACAUACCUGGCCGGGCUGGGAAUCGGGCUUUUAUCAGCCGCAGCAGUCUCACUUUCGCGGACCUUAGCAGACAUUGCCUAUGUCGGUUCCGAAGUUGUACGCAUGGCCUUCCGUCUCGGGGUUCUGGUCGACAACGUGUCUGAGCAGUUGCAACCUCGGGAACUGGCCAGUCAUGGAACCCCCGAUAGUUGGGCGUAUGUAUUGCCGAACGUGACGCGAGAGGCGGUUCAGCAAGAGCUUGAUGUCAUCCACUCGGGAGAGGGAAUACCCGAGACAGGCAAAAUCUUCGUCAGUGCCUUCAGCCAGAGCUCUGUGACUGUGAGCGGCCCUCCGUCGAGACUGAAAGAUCUCUUCCGCACGUCCGACUUUUUCCGGGAUCGAAGGUUCUUCUCACUCCCCGUAUUCGGUGGAUUAUGCCAUGCAAAGCACAUCUACACAGAGACGCACGUACAGCAAGUCGUACGGACGAAGCCGAUGGAUAUGUUAAGUGCCAGAGUGCUACCUCGAAUUCCCAUCUUUUCGCCCAGCAGCGGGAGCCCUUUUCCUGCAGCCACCGCUACGGAGUUGUUUGAGGGGAUCAUCUCCGAAAUCCUCACCCAAGUCAUCCAAUGGGACAAUGUGAUCCAAGGUGCGCUUGACCAGAUCAACAUUCUCUCUCCGUCCGAGUUCCAAGUAUUGGUCUUCCGCAUCUCGCUCCCUAUUCACGAUCUGAUGGCUGCGGUAAACACGGAACUGAAGGGAUUCCAAGCCACUACGAAGGAAAUCAUGCCCUGGGUUUCGCACACGGCCAAAGACAGGAUCCCCAGAGAACCAUCGCAAUCGAAGAUUGCCAUUGUCGGCAUGUCCUGCCGGCUGCCCGGCGGAGCCACCAAUACCGAGAAAUUUUGGGAUGUUCUGGAGCAAGGCUUGGACGUGUAUCGGACGAUCCCACCGGACCGUUUUGACGUUAAUACUCAUUACGAUCCGGCGGGCAAAAGGGUUAACGCUAGUCACACUCCGUAUGGUUGCUUUAUUGAGGAGCCAGGCCUCUUCGAUGCCCCGUUCUUCAACAUGUCCCCUCGUGAAGCGCAACAGACCGACCCCAUGCAGAGGUUAGCUUUGGUUACCGCGUAUGAAGCCCUGGAACGAGCAGGCUAUGUCCCGAACCGUACACCGGCGACCAACAAGCACCGCAUUGGAACUUUCUAUGGCCAAGCGAGUGAUGACUACCGCGAAGUGAAUACGGCGCAAGACGUCGAUACAUAUUUCAUCACCGGCGGAUGCCGCGCGUUUGGUCCCGGACGGAUCAACUAUUUCUUCAAGUUCUGGGGCCCGAGUUACAGUAUUGACACCGCCUGCUCGUCCAGCCUAGCAACCGUGGAGGCCGCUUGCACUUCGCUUUGGAACGGCUCCACUGACACCGCAGUGGUAGGGGGCGUAAACGUCCUGACGAACUCGGACGCAUUUGCGGGCUUAAGCCGUGGUCACUUUUUGUCCAAGAUCCCCGGGGCGUGCAAGACCUGGGACUGUAAUGCCGACGGCUACUGCCGUGCCGACGGGGUGAUCUCGUUGGUAAUGAAACGACUGGAGGAUGCACAGGCUGAUAAUGACAACAUCCUCGGUGUUAUCCUGGGAGCUGCGACGAAUCACUCGGCCGACGCCGUUUCCAUUACUCAUCCCCACGCUGGUGCACAAGCACACCUGUUCCGGGAUGUUCUGCGGAAUGCCGGCGUCGAUUCCCAUGAUGUCAGCUACGUUGAGCUGCACGGUACCGGGACCCAGGCGGGCGACUUUGAGGAGAUGAAAUCCGUCACAGAUGUGUUUGCCCCCCUCACGAAGCGCCGAAGCCCUAACCAGCCUCUCUAUGUGGGCGCUGUCAAGGCAAAUGUAGGCCACGGAGAGGCGGUGGCUGGAGUCACUGCACUGCUGAAGGUUCUCUUGAUGCUCCAGAAGAGCGUCAUCCCUCCACAUGUUGGCAUUAAGAACAGCAUUAACCCGCAGAUACCCAAAGACCUGGACAAGCGCAACCUCCACAUUCCGUACGAGAAACAGUCAUGGAAGAGCACCCCGGGCAAGUCCCGGAUUGCUGUUGUGAAUAACUUUAGCGCGGCAGGUGGCAAUACAUCCGUUGUGCUUGAAGAGGGUCCAGUCACAGAGCUCACGGGAGUCGACCCCCGUCCAUCCCACGUGGUGGCCAUCUCGGCCAAGAGUAAGGUUUCCUUGAAAGGAAACCUCGAGCGUUUCGCUGCCUAUAUCGAUACCAAUCCGGGCGUCUCCUUGUCUCACCUCUCCUACACGACUAUGGCCCGACGCCAUCACCAUAACCAUCGACUGGCUGCGGCGGUGUCCGACGCCGAGCAGUUAAAGAAGCAGCUGACCUCAUGGAUGCAGUCGGUCGAGUCGCAUAGACCUAUCUCUGCUACUGGGCCUCCACCGGUGGCGUUUGCAUUUACCGGGCAGGGGGCCUCAUACAAGUCCAUGAACGUGGAGCUGUUCCAUACCCUGCCAAGUUUCCGCGAGCAAAUGAUGCAUUUGGACGCUCUUGCUCAACAACAAGGGUUUCCCUCCUUCAUACCCGCUAUUGAUGGAAGCCACCCUCAGGACCACGCCCACUCGCAAGUCGUCACGCAGCUCGCUCUGACAGGCACUCAAAUUGCGCUUGCUAAGUACUGGAUGUCCUUGGGCGUCCGGCCGGAGGUGGUCGUUGGCCAUAGUCUAGGGGAAUUUGCCGCACUACAUAUCGCCGGCGUCCUCUCGGCCGGGGACACCCUCUUCCUGGUUGGUCGACGGGCCCAACUCCUUGAACAGCACUGCGUACAGGGCAGCUAUCAGAUGUUAGCGGUCCGCGCAUCCGUGUCCCAAAUCGAAGAGAUUGCGGACGGCCGGCUGUAUGAAGUUGCUUGUAUCAACGGACCGAAGGAGACCGUGCUUAGCGGGACCCGGCAGGAAAUUCGCAACAUCGCAGAGCAUCUCAUGACCAAAGGGUACAAGUGCACCGCUCUAGAAGUUGCCUUUGCCGGUCAUUCGGCCCAACUGGACCCUAUUCUGGACACGUAUGAACAGAUUGCCACUAAAGGGGCGAUAUUCCACCCUCCCAACCUGCCGAUUAUCUCGCCCUUGCUCGGAAAGGUCAUCUUUGAUGACAAGACGGUCAAUGCAACCUACAUGCGACGGGCGUCGCGUGAGACAGUGAAUUUCCACGCGGCUUUGGAGACGGCGCAAAGAAUCUCCACUGUUGACGACACAACUGCGUGGGUAGAGAUCGGGCCCCAUCCCGUUUGCAUGGGCUUUAUCCGGUCCACUCUGCAGUCCACGGCGCUGACAGUCCCUUCCCUGCGUCGCGGGGAGGAAAGCUGGGUAACAAUCACUCGGAGUCUCAGCUCCCUGCACUGUGCCGGAGUGGAGGUUCAUUGGAACGAGUUUCACCGGCCAUUUGAGCAGGCGCUGAGACUUCUGGACCUGCCUACCUACAGCUGGAACGACAAGAACUACUGGAUUCAAUAUAAUGGAGACUGGGCGCUCACGAAGGGCAACACCUUCUAUAGCUCUCAACAACAGAACUCCGCCGCCGUGGAUGAAUUGCCAUCCGGCCCGAGGACUUCAACAGUUCAGAAGAUCGUGGAGGAGAGCUUCGACGGACGUGCAGCCAGGGUGGUCAUGCAAUCGGACCUGAUGCAAUCCGAUCUAUUGGAGGCUGCAUAUGGUCAUAAGAUGAAUGGGUGCGGUGUCGUGACAUCGUCAAUCCACGCUGAUGUUGGAUUUACCCUCGGUCAAUACGUCUACAAGAAACUGAACCCCAAUACCAAGGUUCCCGCGAUGAACAUGGCGAGCUUGGAGGUUCUGAAGGGACUGGUGGCUAACAAGAACACCGACAAGCCCCAGCGAUUCCAAGUGACGGUUACUACCACCGACAUCAAUUCUAGGAUCCUUCAGCUCGAAUGGCGUAACGUCCAUGCUCACGGCCCUGCAGAGGAACCUUUUGCCAGCGCCAAGAUCUACUACUGCGACGCUUCCGAAUGGCUGCUGUCUUGGCGGCCGACCCUCCAUCUGGUCCAGGGACGCAUCCAGGCUCUCGAGCGCCUGGCGGAAGCCGGUAUUGCCAACCGGUUCUCCGGACGCAUGGCUUACAACCUUUUUGCCAACAGUCUCGUUGACUACGCGGGGAAAUACCGCGGGAUGCAGUCCGUGGUCAUGCAUGAACUCGAGGCGUUCGCGGAUGUGACGCUGACGGUGGAGAAGGCGGGUACCUGGACAGUCCCGCCGUACUUUAUUGAUAGCGUGGCGCAUUUAGCCGGCUUCAUCAUGAAUGUAUCCGACGCCAUCGACAACCAGAAGAACUUCUGUGUGACGCCCGGGUGGAAUUCAAUGCGGUUCGCCGCUCCCCUUGUUGCCGGUGGCAGAUACCGCUCCUACGUCAAGAUGAUCCCCACCGUGGAGGAUGACAGUGUCUACCUGGGGGACGUCUACAUACUCCAAAACGACAUGAUUAUCGGCAUGGUGGGCGGGAUCAAAUUCCGGCGCUACCCCCGACUCCUUCUGAACCGUUUUUUCUCCCCCAGUGAUGACAGCACCGCCAAGACAGCCGCUGGGGAGACCCCGCCCGCACCCACCACCACUGCUGCCACUGCUAUCACUGCUGCCACUAGCACCACUAGCACCACUAGCACCGCAUCCACAGGCCAGCCGCCCAAAGUGGAUGAGACAUCUCCGGUCGACUCUAAUAGUACGGCAGCAAGAGCACUGGCGUUGGUGGCAAAGGAGGCGGGGAUGGAGGUCACCGAUCUUCAGGAUGACGCUAUUUUCGCCAACCUGGGCGUGGACAGUCUGAUGAGCCUCGUAAUUGCCGAAAAAUUUCGUGAGGAACUUGGGGUCGUCGUGGCGGGGAGUUUAUUCUUGGAAUAUCCCACCGUGGGCGACCUGAAGAGCUGGCUUCUAGAAUAUUACAGCUGA